UUUAAAAAUUAAAAAUAUGAUUAUUAAUAUUAUUAUUAUUUAAAUUAUUAUUAUUAUACUAUUUAGUGUGAAACAAUAUUUUCUAUGGUGCAAAGUAUUAGAUUGAAGACGAUCGCCAUACACAAUAUUACCGCAAGUUUAAAAUAAACGAUCUAAUAAUUAAAUGUUAUUAAUUUGGCCACACUCACAACUCGUUUCUCAAACCAUGGAUUUAUUUGAGACAUGGGAAGAUCAAGAAAUCCAAUUCGAUUUAAGUAUUAGCAAAGCGUUGAAAAUGAGAAAUGGAGAAAAAAUAAUAGAUCGUCUAGAAUUUAUUGAAGAUACAAAAGGAAAUAGUGGUGAUAAAGGAGUACUUGUUAUUACAAAUUUGAGAGCAAUUUGGCAUUCGAUGACUUUAGCCAGAAUAAGCUUAUCUAUUGGCUACAAUUGUAUACAGGAUAUUUCUACAAGAAUAGUGAACUCGAGAUUAAAAGGAAUAACAGAAGCAAUUUAUAUUCAAGCUAAAUACAAUGGAUUGAGGUAUGAAUUUGUCUUCACAAAUUUGAUACCUGGUAAUACAAGGCAUUUUACAUCAUUUAUAGGAGUUUUCAAAGCUUAUAAUUCUAGUAGACUUUACCGAGAAUUAAAACUUAGGGGAGCAAUAUUAAAGAAUGGGCGUUUAAGGCUAUUGAUGUUCGAAAAAAUGUAUUCAGCUGUUAAUGGCGUAUGGAAUUUAUCUAGUGAACAAGGAAACUUGGGAACAUUUAUGAUAACAAAUAUUCGAUUAGUGUGGUAUGCUGAAAGUAAUGAGACAUUCAAUAUAUCGCUUCCAUACAUUCAUAUAAAUUCAAUAAAAAUUAGGGAAUCCAAAUUUGGUGAAGUGUUAGUGAUAGAAACAAAUGGUUACAGUGGAGGCUUUACACUUGGAUUUCGAAUAGAUCCCAAGGACCGAUUACGAUCAGUUACUAAAGAACUAUCAUCAUUGUUUCGCAUUCAUGCUCAAGCGCCAGAAUUUGGAGUACAUUUUGUUACUACCGAACAGGUAGAAAAUAAUGAACCCAUAACACUACAAACACUCCCAAACUAUGAUGAGUUUGAAGACGAGAAUACAAUAGGUGUUUCAAGUACUUUAGCUGCAUAUAGUGUAAGUAAGACAGGUAAAGAAGAUGGACUACCACAGUAUGAUUCUUCAUUAGGUUUAGCCAUUGAAACAUUGCCAGAUGGUUAUACAAUGACAUCUUUAUGGGAAGUUAUACCAAGUACCAAUAAUAAAUAACACAUAACUAUUAAAAAUGUCUUAUAUUUUAAGUGAACAAAUUACAGUAGCUUUUAGUAUUUAGCUUUAGCAUACCAAUCUGUAUGAAAUAUAACGUCCAGCAGUUUCAGAAUUUCUUACAAUUUUUACUACC